AACUGUAAGCGUUACCCUUUCCCUCUUCUUCCUCCGCUUGUCUGCCAAACUUCAGCCAAUCAGGGGACAAAAUGGGAUGUUAUGAUUAGAAAGGAGGGACUUAAAUGAGGAAGAAGGUACUUCUACUAGAAAGCGUUAUCCUGGAGAAUCAGAUUCUUCUCUAGGCCAGCAACCUUGGAACCAUGAUCUCCCAGCUCUUCAUUUUGUCCUCCAAAGGGGACCCUCUCAUCUACAAGGACUUCCGUGGAGACUGUGGAGGGAGUGAUGUAGCCGAAAUCUUCUACCGGAAGGUGACCGAGCUGCCGGGGGACCAGCCUCCUGUCGUGAUGCACCACAAAGGUCACCACUUUGUCCACAUCCGACACUUCAGUCUCUACCUUGUGGUCACCACUGCAGGCUGUGUUUCCCCUUUCAUCCUCCUGGAGCUGUUAUCAAGGCUGGUCACCCUCUUAAAUGAUUACUGUGGCUCCAUCAGUGAGAAGACACUCUCUCUUAAUGUAGCCCUUGUCUAUGAACUCUUGGAUGAAGUGCUGGACUAUGGCUACAUCCAGACUACAUCUACAGAGAUGCUGAGGAACUUCAUUCAAACUGAGGCCGUGGUCAGCAAGCCCUUCAACCUAUUUGAGCUCAGCAGUGUUGGUUUGUUUGGAGCUGAAACACAGCAGAGCAAAGUGGCCCCAAGCAGUGCAGCCAGCCGUCCAGUCACAACUGUUCGCUCCGACCAGAGUCACAAGAAUGAGGUUUUCUUGGACGUAGUAGAAAGGCUCUCAGUGCUUAUUGGAUCCAAUGGCUCUCUGCUGAAGGUGGAUGUGCAAGGUGAAAUCCGACUCAAAAGCUUUCUUCCCAGCUGCUCUGAAAUGAGGAUUGGCUUGACAGAGGAAUUUUGUGUGGGCAAAUCAGAAUUGAGAGGGUAUGGGCCAGGGGUACGGGUAGACGAAGUUUCAUUUCAUGGUUCUGUUCGACUGGAUGAGUUUGAAUCCCAUCGUAUCCUUAGGCUGCAGCCAUCUCAAGGCGAGUUGACUAUAAUGCGGUAUCAACUUUCUGAUGAUCUUCCCUCCCCUCUCCCCUUCCGGCUCUUUCCCUCUGUGCAGUGGGAUCAUGGUUUAGGCAGGCUACAGGUUUAUCUGAAACUCCGGUGUGACCUACCCCCAAAAAGCCAGGCUCUUCAUGUCAAGCUCCACCUCCCUCUUCCCCGAGGAGUGACCAGUUUAUCUCAGGACUUGAGCAGCCCAGAGCAGAAAGCAGAGUUGGGUGAGGGAGUGCUUCUAUGGGACCUUCCUCGGGUACAGGGUGGUUCCCAACUCUGUGGUCUCUUUCAGAUGGAUGUCCCUGGACUUCCUGAUCUCCCAAGCCCAGCCCCUCCUCUGGGCUUAGGUCCUGCAAGCCUCUCAUUUGAGUUACCACGGUACACUUGUUCAGGGCUCCAGGUUCGAUUUCUUCGGCUCACAGCUCCUGGAACUCCGGAUAACACUGUCCCAAAUACGUGGGUGAGACACUUAAGCCACAGUGAUACUUAUGUCAUCCGGAUCUGAGACCCAAAUGAGAAUGCUAUGUCAACCUCGUUUCUGGAAAGGAAUAGUGAUGGUGUAUUCCUUUCACCAUUGCUGGCAGGGUAAUGAGAAUCUGAUUGUAGUCUUUUUUCUUGACUUAAGAACUCAGGUAGAUAAAACUGAACUGCUUUAUUUAAGGGGAGGGAUCUGUACAAUGGGACAUAUAUCCGAAGAUUGCUGAUGGGGUAAGGUGAGUUUUAUGGGGAUAAUCACUCCUUAUCCCAAACCAAAAUGUAAUAAUGAAUGAAAAUUCAUAUUUGAGUAUGAGAA